UUGCGCUCCGACACGCGCGCGACGCCGCCGUUGACGAACACACCGACGACUACAAGAGAGUCGUAUCCGCCCGGCGCUUUCGGGUUCCCCCCAACGUCGUAGACCAUAAAUUUUUAUCUUGUCGAGAAAGAAUUUUUUCUUUCAAUUCGCUCUCGCACACACUACAGACACACGCACACACACAAACGACUAAGUAUUAAACGCACGCGCCAAGUCGCCUCCGACGACGCCGUCGCGGGUCCCGCAACCUUUGUAAAUUCAUUAUCUCAGAUGAUUUCGUCUGUGGCUAUGGUACCAUCAAUUUUGGCGGCUGGAAUUUUUCUGCAAACGCUCAUACCAGUUUUAUCUACGGUUAGCUGGGAAGAUUGGUGGACAUACGAUGGUAUAUCAGGUCCAGCAUUUUGGGGUCUGAUAAACCCCGAGUGGAGCCUUUGCAACAAGGGUCGACGACAAUCACCCGUGAACUUAGACCCGGAAAAAUUGCUCUACGAUCCAAACUUGACCGAACUGCACGUGGACAGGCAACGGGUGGAUGGUAUGAUAUGCAAUACCGGCCACAGCGUUAUGUUCUAUCUGGAGAAUGGCACCAAGAAUCACAUAAACAUCACCGGUGGACCGCUAUCGUACAAAUAUCAAGUGUACGAGAUACACAUACACUACGGCCAGCAAGAUGAAAUGGGCUCCGAACAUUCAAUUAACGGAUAUUCGUUUCCAGCAGAGCUCCAGAUAUUCAGUUUCAACUCGCAGCUGUUCGCCAACUACUCUGACGCGGUUCAGAGAUCGCACGGCAUCGUUGUACUUUCGUUAUUGUUACAGCGGACGCACUACAAACAAUCGCAAAAAUGUAGAUGUUACACAAGAACAAAAUCCAGCUCAAACAAACCAAUCAAACCCGAUGACUUCACUAUAGAUCGCACCGAAUCAAUCAAAAAUAUCCGCUCUCCAAAUACUCCAACGCUCGAUAUACUUGAUCAAACCAAAUCGGAUUUGACCAAAGAUCUCGAAGUAACUACAUUUUUCCCUUUAACCCAAUAUCAUUUCAAUGAAGCACUGUCCCGCGCACCAAUUGAAACUCAAAAAAKACUGAUGUCCGAUUCUUCAUCAACUAAACCUCCGGACUCCUCUAAUGUUUUAUUGCCAUCUAGUUCAGCAAAAAAAAUAAAUAAAUAA